AUGUCGGAUGCGGUGGAGAAGGUGUUAGCUGCUUUGAAAGCAAACAAUCUUGAAAAAAAAGUUGAAGCUAUAUCAUUAUUAGAAGACGAGCUUUUAGACGGAAUUUAUAUCGAGCCACAAGAUCUCAUUCAGUUAAUAACAGCUCUUCGAGAAGCAUUAAAAGCCUCGCAACAAGCACUCUCAUACAGGGCGUUAACAUGCUUAAGUCCACUAACAAGCAACGUAUCUGAAACCAAUCAAACCCACCUCAAUAAAAUCAUAAGUCAACUCACACCAAUCGUGAUAGAUAAACUCGGCGACAACAAAGAUAAAACGCGUGACGCAGCGCUAAAAGUUUUGAUUGAUAUGUGGAGCUCAGGCGUGGAUGUACACACGAGCAGCAAUAAUCCGACAAUUUUGACAAAGUUAACGAAUAUGAUUAAAGAGUUAGCGUUUGGUCAUAAAUCGUGGAGAGUGAGGGAACAGAUAUUACAAUGGAUUGUUGCAUGUACCAAAAUGAUGCCGGAUUUCUCAUUACGCAUAUGGCUAUCAUAUAUAAUCAAACUAUUGGAAGAUUCCAAUGAACAAGUGAGAGAAGCUAGUAAGGAAACGAUAGUGUCACUUUUCAGUUCUGCCUCACAGCACGCCAAAUCUGAUCUAAAACGAGAAUUAAAAAACAAAUCGAUCCGUGCCGCAACAAUCGACUACAUUUUUUCCAAAGUUCCAAUAAAUUUAUCCGACGUACCUGAUGAUCGAAGCACUAUCUCAUAUGACAGUACGACAGAUGCGCAUACUGACGAGAGUGAUGUUGAUCCAGUCUAUAUUGAUAGUGCACGAGAUUUGGAAAGAGAAUUUCAAACUAUGACUAAUAUUUUUCAAGGAAAAGAGACUGAACAAAAUUGGGGAGAUCGCGAAAAACAUGCCAAUCGGUUACGAUCUUUGCUUCGUGGUGGCGCGUACUCUAAAUUUCCUGAUCAAUUUAUGGUCAGUCUAAGAGUGAUAAUGGACGGUAUAAUGAGCUCGCUGCGUAGUCUACGCACGACGUUGACACUAGCUACUUGUGUUUUAGUAAAAGAUCUCGCCGGAUACCUUGGCCCAGCAAUAGACCCAUUCGCCGAUAACCUACUAGCCCACCUAAUAAAACAAUCAGGUGUCGUGAAAAAACUAGUCGCACAAGCAGGCAUGAAUGCCGCCGAGGCACUACUAGCAAACGCAUCAUAUCAUCUACGACUUGUGAAUCAGCUGUGGGGUGCUAUGCAGGACAAAAGCGUACAAUUGAGGGCGUAUACAAUUGGGUUUAUAAAAGUUGUGGUGAACACGCAUACCGCGCGAAGAGAUGCCAUUCAAAGAAAUGGUGGCGCACAACUGCUACAGAAUUGUUUAAAGAAGGGGUUGACCGAUGCAAAUCCUAAAGUGCGAGAAGGAAGUCGUGCUGUGUUUUGGGAGUUUUAUGAGGUUUGGUCGGAAUUGGGUGAUGCGUAA